GCAGUAAGGCGUGUCCGGUCGGGUUCGGCCAGAUUUCACACCCCUGCCAAGGGCAGACUCGGGAUGGCUGCUGUGGGUUCUGUUUUGAGGUGCGGCUUUCGGGGAGCCCUGGCAUUACCCAACCAACAGCGGGCCUGGAGCUCGGGCGCCGAUCAGCUGGGUGAGCUGGGCAAAGGCGCUGGGAAGGGCGGUGGUGGAGGCGGUACCAUCCGUGAGGCUGGUGGCGCCUUUGGAAAACGGGAAGCAGCCGCGGAAGAGCGUUACUUCAAGGAGAAAGAGAGAGAACAGUUGGCAGAACUGAGAAAACAUCAUGAAGAUGAAAUACAUCAUCAAAAGAAAGAGAUAGAGCGCCUGCAGAAGGAAAUUGAACGCCAUAAGUACAAGAUCAAGAAGCUUAGUGAGGAUGAUUAAAUAGUUUGUGUUACUGGUGAGAGAUGUGCCUGGCAUUACUUUGAAAAAAGUGUCUGCCGACAUCCAAGAUAUCUUGCUGUUAUCUCAGUGUGAAAUAAAUCAUUCACUCUU